UCAAUUUUAUGUUAAUUUAAUUAAUUUUGUAAUGCAAAUAUCAAAUAAUGUUGUUGUUAAUUUAAUUUGUCAAACUUCUCAUUUUUCUUUGUGAUUAUUUUCUCUUAAACAUGCAGAUUCUUAUGCAGAAAAAUGUACGAUUUCUUCGACUUUGCGUUUUGUCAAUAUUUGACAGUGGAGGUAAGACACGAUGUGAGGAAUUGCUGUUAAGAUGUAACUGAUAAUAGCGAAUUCCAGUUUAUGAUCAGAAAACGCUCACGCUCCCAAUUAAUUGUAUAUUAUCAAGGAAAUCGCAUAAAUCGAAAUGUUUAACUAAAGACAUACAAUUUACAACAAUGCAUUAAAUCCAUUAAAUUUAAUAAAUAAUGAAUUUCUUCUAUACGUACUUCAAUAAUGUAAUCAAACGAAAAAAUUGUCAUGCAAUCUUCGCAAUCUUAAUAAGCAUCAAUUUUAUGCUUAAACUUAAUUAAUUUUGUAAUGCAAAUAUCAAAUAAUGUUGUUGUUAAUUUAAUUUGUAACUUCUUAUUUUUCUUUGUGAUUAUUUUGUCUUAAACAUGCAGAUUCUUAUGCAGAAAAAUGUACGAUUUCUUCAAAUUUGCGUUUUUUCAAUAUUUAACAGUGGAGUUUAUGAUCAGAAAACGCUUGAAGUUACCUGAAGACGCCUCGAAGAAAAAAUAUUGGUUUAUGGUGAAUCUCCCGAGCUAUUUUCUAACACCUGCAAUAAUGCUUUUCACUCUACCUCUUCUGUUAGUCUUCAUGCUAAUCCGCAAACUGGUGGAUGUUGCGCUUAAGAAAAAACACGGAUUGGAUUAUUUGGGUCUUUUGGACGGUUAUUGCACUCUACCGCAUCUAAUAUCGGUUCGAACGUUGCCGAACGCAAUUAACGAAUUGCAUUGCAUCGAAAGCUUUAAGAAAUUUGAUGUUUUCUUCGAUGAAAUCGUGGAUCAUGUAUUGAAAACAGUUUGGUCUAAGGAGUGUUACGACAAACUCUUAACGAUUCGAGCCUCGUGUUUCGGGUAUUUGUACUUGAAACGUCACAAUUUGGAUGUGCGGAAAGUUAUAAGCAAAGUGAAUUCGGAGAGUUUGAACGACUUUCUUCAGGAAUGCAACAACGCCGAUUUACCUGCAGACGGAAGAUUCAAUUGGGACAUGAAAAUUGCUUCGAUCGGGGCAGACGGAAAGUAUUACUUGUUUAUAAGGUUGCACCAUUGCAUUGCCGAUGGAACGGUCAUGUACAAUUUGGUCAGCAACAUCCUUUAUAAACUAAAUCCUUUGAAAGACGUCGCGGCGCAGGAGAUGCGAAAGAAAUUAGAGAUCGAAGCUAAAAGAAUUGGCAGCGUGAAGCGAAUCAACAAACUCAACAUCAAUUACGAGAAACCGAACAUCUUCAAUGUUUCUAAAUCGUACAAGACAAAUAUAGUGUAUAAAACGUACCAUCUUCUACCAAUCAUCGAUGUCAUCUGCAAGAAUACUAAUACAUCUUUCCAACAAGUGGUCUUAACUGCUUUUGGCGCGGCUAUAAGCAAUUACAUGGAAGCUAACAAAAUUUUAAAAAUUCCCAAAAAGAUCGGAUGUGGAUAUCCGAAAUUGACGGACGUUGAUAGAACUGUUAGACUCUUCGAGAACCGAAAAUCUUAUGUCUUUGGAGGAAGAUUUGCUGGUACUUUGUUAAACAUACCAAUUGAUACUAAAUGUAGUUGGAAACAACGUUUGGAUAAAACUGGGGCCGCUUUGGAAAGAAUCAUAACUUCUUAUGAAAUUCCAUUUAAUGCUGUAUCAACAGAAACAUUCAUCGAAAAUUUACCAACGCCGAUAGGACGAUUAAUACUUAAAAAUUACAACUAUAGCGGAAAGAUUUUCAAUAUUGAAGGUGGUCCAGCUCUGCAACUUUUCAACGGAGAUAAAUUAUUAGAUAAAGUUAUAUUCUUCCCGAAAGUCUCAACGUCUGGAUUCGGAUUUACUUUUACCAAUUAUAACAACAAACUGCAGAUGUCUUUAACUGUAAGUCAAGAACAACCAAAUGUGGAGGCUAGUCAAGGUAUCCUCAAUGAAACUGCCAACAAUAUUUCCUUGAUGCUCAAAGAAUUUACCUAUUAAUCCUUAAUAUUAUUAAAUGUUUUGUUAUUUA